UUUUCAGUUUAACAUGAACUCAGUUUUGAGUAACAUCGAAAAACUGGAUACAUACAUUCUCCGACGAAAUGAAUAUGUAGCUGAGUCUAAAGACGAGCCGAACAAACUAAAUACCAGCCGAAAACUGGAAGUCACCACGAAGAAGAAUCAAUCAAACAAUAAAAAAAGACCGCCACCUAUAAAUAAAGCUCGAAAAAGUCUACCAAGUAUUUUUAGAAGAGCUGAGGAAAAUAAAGAUAGUGCCCAAAUUAUCACACCAACUGGAAGUAAAAUUAUUGGGAGCCCCUUAUAUAAACGAUCAAAAUCGGAUUCAUUUUUCGACCACGCAUUCAAUUUUGAUAAAAAUCUUGGGAAAGGCUCAUUUGGAGAAGUCGUUGCAGCAACAUGUCGUUCAACUUCAAAGAAGUUUGCAAUCAAAAAAAUUCCAUUUUCAAAACUUUCAAAAGAUCAAUAUCGCGAAGCAUAUGGACACAUGAAUAUUCCAUGUCACCCAAAUAUUGUGAGAUUCCACCAAGCAUGGAUAGACAAACAAAUUCUUCAUAUUCAAUUGGAAAUGUGCGAUAAAAGUUUGGCGGCAUAUUGCCAUGGAAUUGAUUGGCUGGAAGACAAGGAGCUUUGGAAUGUGUUCUUGGAUAUUUUACAAGGAUUGGGACAUUUACAUAAUAACUUCAUGCUUCACAACGAUAUCAAACCAGACAAUAUAUUUAUGACAAAGAACAAAGUUUGUAAACUCGGAGAUUUCGGAUUAAUUUCGGACAUGAGAUCGGAACCAAUCAAUAAUUCUUCAAAUAAACAUUAUCAAUCAGAAGGCGAUGGAAAGUACUGUUCCAAAGAAGCAAUCAAUGGUACUCUCUCAAUCUUCAGUGAUAUAUUUUCAUUUGGAAUAUCGAUUCUGGAAGUAGGAACCAACAUUCAUCUACCGAGUUAUGGGACAGGAUGGGAACCAAUUAGAAAAUGGGAAAUUCCAGAAGAAAUAUUGGAACCAAUGUCAGAUGAACUUCGAGAAUUGGUGAAACAAAUGAUGGACAAAGCCCCGACACGAAGACCAACUUGCUCUGAAUUAAUGAAGAAUCAUGUAGUGAAAGAGAAGCUAAGAAUAAGGAAACAAGAAGUUGAACAUAUUCCUUCGGAGUCGCAAUUUCAACCGAUAUCCUAUCUCACAACAGAAAGUCCAUUAGGAUCACGGGAAUCAUCUUGCUCAUCUAUCGAUUUUCUUGACCAUUUUGAAAAUGCUGAAAAAAAGACACCAUUUGUGAGUAAGCUGAAUUUCGAUCUAGAAGAUGAUGAAGACGAGUAUGAAGUCUUCUCUCCACCAAGAACUCCUGUCAAAAAAUCGCGAUACCAACAAACAAUGCCGGAAGUCAGUCCACCCAGAAAGAUUCAAAAGUUAUUCCAACGGAAAAAUUUAUUUGAUGAAUAGGAAGGGAAUGUAAGUUAACAGGUAAGUUUGCUCUUUUUUCUUUUAUAAAAUUCGUUUGUUAUUUUGACUUUUGAAAAUUAAAAUUAGGAAAUUAAAAAAAAGUUAUUUAGAAAUUAACAUAUCUCAAAAGUGAAAAUAGUAAUUAGGUGUUUGCAACAUCUUAAAAAGCACAUUUCACAAUUAAUAAACUUUCAAUUAAAAUUGCAAUAAAAUUACGGGGGAAAUUUUCAAAAUGUCAAUUUAAAAUAAUAAUUUAAUUUUCAGGUCCGUUGUUUUUCAUUCAGGUUCAAUCGGUUAAAUAUCAAUUCCAGUUUUUAACAUCUCAUAUCAUCGAUUGGUACAAGUUCUUCCAAUCAGAAAAUCGAGUUCAGUUUUAAUCAUCAGCUUUGUUCUUCUUUUUUCUAUAAAAUAAAUUAUUUAUCACUGAAA